AUGAAUGACUCGGCCGGCGCUGCUUUUAAAGUCCCCUUGACAUGGUUCUCGGCUCUCCUCUCGUGCGCACCUAUUCUCUCUCGCCUCAGGACAGGCUCCGCCGUUGAUAUUGAGGACCGUCGAAUGGCCCGGACCGCCGUCGUACAGAGUCCGCCGUCCUACCAGCCUCGUCCCGUGGCAGCUCCGCAAGCGGAUCUCUCUCGGACGGCUUUCAAAGACGACAUGCCGAGGAAGAGCGCUGGUUCGCGAGGCACAAGCUUCUCCGCGAGAAGGGCCUUCUGGUCAGACGCGGCAUCGCGCCGGCCGCAGAUAUCCGCGCCGUACGAGUUUCGCCACCUGCACUCGGGGUCCUACCAUACCUCACGCGAGAACUCGUCGGACCUUCCACGGCAAGACGGUCAUCCCCAGCGCAGAGGCUCGUUCCGGCCCCUGGAGCUCAGCAUCUACAUGUCAGACGGCCGCACGUCGCCGAUUUUGCCACACUUCGACGUGCCGCGGGUCAUGACUCCGCCCCCGCCAGCUUACUUCGCCAGCCGGACUGAGGAAGAUCACGCGCUGAUGCGCCAGCGGAGCUACACGUCCAUGUCGUUCCAUGUCCCGCGUCGGCAUGCCGUCGACAGCUCUCCGUCCACCACCCUGGACGAAGCGCCACCGCGCAUCCCGCCAAAGUCGAGGAACCGCAUGCGGGCCUACACGGCGACGGACGUAGAUGCCAUCAAGGAGCGCGUCGCCAGCGCCAUGAUUGAAGUGGAGCGGCUGCAAAAGCAGAUCGACGACGUGAUUGAGCGUCAAAGUAUCUACACCAACAGCCGGCCGUCAACGCCGCAUUCGAUUGCACGGACAAUGCCAGAAUUAGAGCCAAUGCCCUCGAUCCCCGCUCUCCCACCUGCUGCGCCGUCGUUUGCGCAGCGCCUUAACUCUGAGCUUGAGCGCCCGCAGACGGCACCCACCAAGGCGGAGCCAUGCGUGGCCAACCGGACCGACAGUCGGGCGACGGCGUCAGGAGGGGCAGUCACUCCAGUGUCCCCGCGCCGAGACACGCGGCCACUGCCGCCGCCAUUGCCGCUGGUGCUUCGGCCACCGCUUCGCAAGAAGAAGUCUUUCUCGCGCGUGUCGUCAUGGCUCUUCCCGGGCUCGGAGACGGGCAAGGACGCCAGCCACGACUCGGUCACGAACAUCCCCAAGCCGAUCAAGGGCCGCCAAGGAUUCUACCAGUGCGUCGCUGCGGCAGGACUGCAGGGACGACGGAGCUACGACUCGCUUGACUCCUUGUCGACGUGGGAUUCGGAAGAGGAAAAACAGACUGCACCGACAACGUGGUCGCCCGGCAGCACACCUAUUGCGAAGCAAGACGAGCCACUGCCGCAGCCGCCCUUGGAGAGGUCGGCUACGUUUGGAAAGAUUGACCAGCCUCGGGUUAGGACGAGUGUUGGCGUCGCGAUGUAA